CAGUUGGUCGUUUUUUUCCAACUCCGUUGCUAAGUCAUCGAACGUCGUUACUCGUAACGCGUCUAUAUUUUCUUUCCUUCAUAUAAACUCACAUUAAAACCAGGAAGCACAUUCAACCUAUUUUAUCUUAUCUCAGAGCAGAUGGGGAAGAGGCUAGACGCUUUGCUUGGUCGGACUUUCAAAACCAACAAGUUCAAGUCUCUUCUCAACUUAGCUCUCACCAGGCUCUCUAUUCUCAAGAACCAACGUCAAGUCAGAUGCUCUCAGGCCACCUCUGAUGUCACCGAGCUUCUUAAGCUUGGCCAACACGAGAACGCUUACCAGAGAGUCGACCAAGUCAUUAAAGACCAGAACACCCUCGAUGUUUUCUUUUUCAUCCAUGGCUACUUCACUCUCUUGCUCGACCGCGUUCACCUCUUCGAACACAGCAGAGAUUGCCCUGAUGAGCUUCUAGAAGCUGUUUCGAGUUUGCUUUUUGCAGCUUCUAGAAUAGGAGAGUUUCCUGAGCUUCAAGAGAUUCGUAACGUUUUGGUUUCGCGUUUUGGUAAAGAUAUCGCGGCUAGGUCCAUCGAGUUGCGCAAUGAUUGUGGGGUUAAUCCCAAAAUAAUUCAGAAGUUGUCGACAAGACAUCCACCAAGAGAAGCUAGGAUGAAGGUUUUGAAGGAGAUUGCUGCAGAAAAUAACAUCGUUCUGAAACUAGAAGUUGCUUCUUCUACGACCAAUGAGGGAAAAUCAGAUGUUUCCAAGGCUAAGUUAGCAAGUGAAGUUGGAGAAGAUGAGUUAGGAGAAGGGCUAGGGUUGUCUGAUUUGGUUAAGAGAGGAAAGCAGAAGUACAAAGAUGUGGCUGAUGCUGCACAAGCAGCGUUUGUGUCAGCAGCUCAUGCAGCAGCGGCUGCACGAGCAGCUGUAGAGCUUUGUCAGUUUGCGCCUUGUGGACCAGACAAUACGGGUAAUACUGGUGGGGGAAGUUCAUCUAGUGGUUCUGGAAACAAUAAAACAGAACAAGAAGGUAAUGAUGAUGACGAUGAUCUUUCAGAAGGUGAAGCGGAUGUGAGAUCAGAAUCUAAGAAGUCUAUAUUGGAUACAAAAGAUCUCACAGAAUCUAAGAAGUCUAUAUCGGAUACAGAAGAUAAUAUUGAGGAUGUGAUGUCAUUUAGAGAAGACCCUGUGAAGCUGUUGGAGAAGGCUGUUGUGGUGUACGACAGUGAGGAAGAAACCAAACAUACUGUUCAGACUAAUACUACUACUGAGGUUAAAGAUGAGGAAAGUCUUAAGGAUUGUUCUGAUAGAGCGGAUACAGGACAUGUGGACAGCAUGGUUCAUUCGGUUGAGGAACCUAUUAUGAGUAAAGCUAGUUUAAAGGGUCCUAUUUCAGUCAGGACCAGACAGGUUCGUGGAUACUAAGAAGUAUAAAAUUUUGUCAGGUGCAUCUAUGGUAUAAUGACUGAGUUUUGUACAAUUUCUUUCUCUGUUCAUUAUUUUUUUGGUCAAGGGUGUAACAUUAUUGUAUUGUAUACUUUAUGGAUAUUAGGUUUCAAUAAUGUUGAACAGUGGUGGCAUAUGUUGUCUAAGUUUCUAGAAACAAAUUGAACUUUCAAAGAA